GUUGUUUUCGAAAUGACAUUGUCAUUUAGAAUUAGAGUACCUGCGACUUCUGCAAAUAUCGGUCCAGGCUUCGAUGUCGUUGGUCUGUCCCUAUCUCUCUACCUUACUCUUACCGUCUCUGUCCCCCAAGUACCCCCAUCCCCCUACGUGCCCCCACUCAUCACAUAUUCCGGCGAAGGCGCCGAUGAAGUCCCCCUGGACGCUUACAAAAAUCUCACCACCCGAGUCGCGUUAUACGUCUUGCGAUGCCAUAACAUUCGCUCCUUCCCCUCAGGUAUCCAAAUCCAUGCAGACAAUGAAGUCCCUUUUGGACGGGGCCUUGGAUCCUCCGGUGCAGCAGUGAUCGCUGGUGUGCUACUUGGGAACCAACUUGGGAGUCUCAAGCUUCCAACGGAACGAUUGCUAGACUUUGCCUUGAUGGUCGAGCGGCAUCCAGACAAUGUCACAGCUGCCCUGGUGGGAGGAUUUGUCGGGUCCUAUCUAAGGGAGUUAGAUGUGGCCGCGACAGAGGCGGCCAGUGUACCAUUGAGCGAAGUCCUGCCGGAAUACCCACCUGAUGCUUCUGAAGAUUGGGGUCUGAACCCACCUGCACCACCCAGUGGCAUAGGCCACUUUGUACGAUUUGGAUGGUCAGAUAGCAUCAAGGCCGUAGCUAUUGUACCUAGAUUCGAGCUUAGCACCGCCAAGGCCAGAGAAGUUCUCCCCACUUCUUAUUCUCGCAAAGAUCUUGUCUUCAAUAUGCAGCGCCUGGCGGUUUUGACCACAGCACUGGCCCAAUCCCCGCCGGAUCCCGAGCUCAUCUACGAAGCCAUGAAGGAUAGAGUCCAUCAACCAUAUCGAAAAACUUUGAUACCCGGCCUGCCUCAAGUCACCUCAAUGAUCACCCCUUCAAGCCAUCCUGGCCUGCUAGGCAUAUGCUUGUCUGGAGCAGGUCCAACAAUCUUAGCUCUUGCGACACACGGUUUCGAAGCUAUUGCAGAAGAUGCACGAGCAAUCUUUAAAAAGACUGGCGUAGAGAUCGACUGGAAAGUAUUGACAGUCGUCGGCGGAAGCUCAGUUGAAUAAUUCGUUCGUCUAAUUUUCUCUAAUCCAUUGUAACGAGAGGUCGUGAAAAUCCGUGAAAUACAAUACUAGAUGGGUAGCAGAGACGUCUGCCAUUAUUAUGUGGGGAUGUGGGGGUAUCGAGUAUUAUGUAUCGUACGCAAUGAUUGAUGUCUAUCCUUCCUCCGGGUAU